UGAAGUGAGAAAGUGGAGGAGAGGUGGAUGAAUGUAGGGUGAAAAAGGGGGUGUUCUGUGUGGGGGCGGAGCAAGAAGGGUGAGAUGAGGAUGACUGGGGUUUUAGGGGUGUGUGCAUGUGUGUGUGUGAGAGAGAGAGAAAGAUGGGGGAGGUGUGUAUUGAGGGUCUUGGAUUGGACUGUAAUCCUUUAGUCCUGGUUGGAAAUAACCCUGCACAGUCUGGGACAAACAAUAUGACACACACACACACAUACACACACACACAUACAACAUAUUGUUUUGCUCACACAUUGUGUGGUGAGGCUGGCUGUGGCUGACGUUACUUCAUCAUGACAAAAUGUCCUCGGCAGAAACUGGCUGAUUUACUGCAAGAGAAGUAUGACCCAGAGAAUUCGGGCUUCAUCAGUACAGAGCGCUUCAGGGACCUGCUGGCAACACAUGGCUCUGAGCUUGACCCCCACAAACUGGAAGUCCUAUUGGCCCUCGCUGAUGGCAAUGCUGAUGGAAAAAUCUGCUACCAGGACUUUGUGAAUCUGAUGAGUAACAAGCGCUCCAACAGUUUCCGGAGGGCCAUUCUGCAGGGGAGCAGGCAGCUAAAAGGCUGCAGUCUCAGAGAUGAGGUCGGCCUGGGGCUCUCCCAACGGCUGGUCCGACAUGUUGCCUAUGAGACGCUGCCCCGCGAAGUCGAUCGCAAGUGGUACUUCGACAGCUAUACCUACUGUCCCCCACCCUUGCUCAUCCUGGCUAUUACCAUUGCUGAGGUAGCCGUGUUCAUGUACUACGGGUUUCAGCUGGACCGUUUGGUCCUGCAGGUGUCCAGCCCGUCAUUCCUAAAGAGCCCAUUACCUUACCACCCCCAGCUACGAGCCCAAGCCUGGAGGUAUCUCAGCUACUGUUUCAUGCACACUGGCAUUGAACACCUAAGCCUGAACAUGGCCAUGCAGCUCCUGGUGGGAGUCCCUCUAGAAAUGGUCCAUGGAGCCCUGAGGAUCGGACUGGUCUACGUGUGUGGUGUGCUAGCAGGUGAGCAUGUGGUCUCACUCACACUCUCUCUCUCACUCACACAUACACACACACACACUCAAUUACAAGCCCUU